GUUCUGCAAGAAGGGCAAAUUGUCCGGCUUGCAUCGGGCAGGCGAGCACGCUUGCUGGCCGAUCCAGUAGAUGUUUCUGUGGUCUUCUCCGGGGGACAGCACUGGCCGAUAAACGUGAGCAUGGAGCAGCCAAUCUACAUCCGAGUGGCUGCAACUUUGACCGAGAACAACAGCAUGUGCGCCUUCCUCACUGAGUCCGGUUGGUCUAUGGAAGGAGUAAGACCGGUACUGCCAGAAGAACUUGCUGCAGCAAUGGGAGGCGAGUACCUGCCGGGGUUCUGGUGUGCAACGACCCACCUGACGAUCUUUGCAGCGAUACUGGAGCUUGCCGUGGCUUGCACGAACAUCGAGGUGCUAUCCUCGCAGCUGCUGCCCAGACUUCUGGAGAGCAGUUGGCCCACUCGUGCCCCUGCCGUGCUCGUUCUUUCCACUGUGGCCUGCUGCGUGGUGAUCUUGCUGGCAGCGAAUGUUGCCGACAGGAGAGCACGUUUGCGGGAUGUGUGGCGGCAGCAGAAUCUGCUUACAGCCAUCCCACCAUCUCGGGUGUCCUGCUGCCCCAGCCUCUGCAGAUGCCAGGGCAAGUCAGGCCAGGCUGGGAAAGCACAGAAAUCGGAGAACCAAGAGGCCGCAGAUUCCACGGGACCGCAGCAGCGGAUUGGAAGGAUGCUCGGUUCUCUUCAGCCUCGGAGUUGGGCACGGCGAAUGGGCAUCCGGGUCAUGGUAAGGGGAACAUUGCAGUCGCUUGCUCUGCUGCUCUGGGUGGACGAGCAAUCGUUGCAGACCCAUGUGUGGAAUGGACAGGGCUGGGUGCAGGGGAGCCUAGUCUUGGCAAAGUCAAGGCUGCUGGCGAAAUGGACUGCGAAUCUCGAUGAGGAGCUUCCAGGGCUCUACGCUGCCUGGGGACGUCGGCGCUGGCGACGUGCCGUCAUCUCCUUCCUUGCCUGCCAUCCCUUUCUGGGCAUCUUCCCGGUGUCGGUGCACCUGACUUCAGCGAAGCGUGCGAUGAUCUUCUCACACUUCCUCUUGGGUUCUUUGGCGAUGUCUUCACUGUUUAUCUCCGUCACCACUGGGGUCCUGGAUGUGACCAGCGACUUCGACUGCCCUGUCGAGGAUGACACGCUGCGGCUAUUGCUCAUUGCAGCUGUGUCCAUGGCUCUGAACUCACUUCCUCGCCUUUUCUUCCGGCAGCUCGGGUUCCGGUAUUUUGCUGAGGGCGCCGGUGACAAAGAAAAGGUCAGGAAGAAGUGGAGAGAGUGGCUGGUUGCAGACACUCUCUUUUGGCUCCUUUCCUUUCUCUGGCAAGCUGCCUACAUCCUUUUCCUUUGUGCGUUCUUGGCGAGUCUGGCUCCAGCAGAUGAGCCGAAAUGUCUCCUUUGUUUCGGCGCCAUUCUGCUUGCGAAGUUCUUGGCAUCUCCACUUUCCAGGAUGCUGGGCCGCGCUUGGAAGGGCAUCCGACAGCCCCCUCGGGACCUGAACCCUACAGUGAGCCCUAGGACUAGGAGGUAG